UUACCCAGUGACUGGAGAAGGUUGUUCUGAGCAGCUUCCCACGGGCUAUUGGGAGGUUCCUGAAAUUUACACUCGCCGAAUUUGAUGCAACACGACUGGAAGUGGUUUGGCUCCGCUCCCUCCCGCGAUCUGCUGACACUCCACUCCCCCCGCAGUCCAUUUCUGUCGAAGGAUUUUCAGUUACUGGCUGCACCUGCACCGACUGGCCGCGUCUGUGAAUCUAACUCCACCCUCAGCACUUCACUGACUAACGAUCAGGGUUCAGUCGAUGCGAGGAGUUGUCGCAAUGGAGAGCUGGACCGGACCGGUAUCGCUCCUUGUCACCGCGUUAUCUCUCUGCUCUGUCGCGGGAGGCCAGGCAGACUCACACAGCUUGAUGUAUUACUACUUCCAAUCCAUCAACAUUCCUGAAAUGCCAGCUUUCUUCAGGAUUGGGAUGCUCGAUGACUUGCAGAUAGACUACUACGACAGCACACUCCGUGAAGUAGAAGUCAAGCACCAGUUGAUCGCAGAUGGCUUAUCGACCAACUACCGGAAAGAACAGAAAGAAAUAACCGACCAGUUUUAUAAUUUCAUCUUGACAAAUCUGAAGCAAUUUGCCUUAUUCAUUAGCUUCAGCUACAUACAGGCACUCUGGGGCUGCACACAAUCUGGAGAUACGGUCAACGCGAUUCUAAAAAUCAACUUCCUGGAUAUCGGAGAGGUCAGCUGUGAUAUCAACACAGGGAAAUGCACUGGCACCGGUUUCCUAGCAAUGUUCAAUGAUCAAUUGAGCCAAUUCAGUUUCACUGACAUGACUGCAUUGAAGAGUAACUGCACUUGGUAUUUGCAAAGGGCUGUUCAGCUUGGAAGAGAAGCAUUGGAAAGGCAAGUUGCUCCAAAGACUCAGGUGUUGACAAGGAGGCCGACAGCUACUGAAGGCGAGAGUCUGUCGUGCAUCAUCACUCCCUUCUACCCCCGUGCUAUCAAUGCCACUUGGCUGAAGAAUGGGCAGGUUGUCUCUGAGGGCUACAACGUGACUGUGCUACCAAACUACAAUGAUACAUACUGGAUGGAACUAGUCAUUGAGCUGCAGGGCAACGACCCGAACAUCUAUACUUGUCAUGUCGUGCACAGCAGCCUGCCAAAGGCCCUGAUGGUGAAGGGAGGAGUUGGUGAGCCCCAUGCUGCAGGUCCUAUGUUGGGGCUGAUGACUGUGUUUGCGAUCAUCUUUGGAGUGAUGUAGAGGUGCAGCAAGGAGAGAACCAAGACAUCACUGGAGAUCAGCAUUUGGCUCUAACUCAAGCACAGUUCUGAACACAGGGUGCAGCUUCAAACAGGUUUUUUUGAUGAGUGACCGCACACCUCAGCAAGCUUAGUCAGAAUAAGGAUCAGAUUUAAUAUCACUGGCAUAGAUCGUGAGAUUUGUUAACUUUACGGCAGCAGUACAAUGAAAUUGACAAUAAAUAAAAAACUGAGUUACACAAAGUAUAUAUAUGGCUG